AUGGCUUUGCGGCCCUGCUUAUCGCAGCAGUUGACCCACGGCUUGGCACCCUCCCUUGACUGGAAACCGUCGAGGAGACUCACAGCGAGUGCAAUAAAGCCGAGACAUGCAGUUCGACCGCUUCCCUCAGCCGUCACCGCCGUCACCGCCCUGGCGGCCACGGCCGCGCCGGCCGCGGUGUGGCACGCGGAGCGACGCCGGGAGAUGCUGCGGCGGCAUCCGGAGCUGCAGCGGCUGCGGGGAGCGGAUGGACGGAGCCUGCCGCUUUUGAUCUUGGCCAACGCACUCCAACUGGGCCUUGCCAUCUUUGCUGGGCAGCAGUUGCAGCAAAGCCCAGAGGCCGGAACCAUCCUGGCUGUGCUGUUGCUCGCAGUUGGCGUGGGUGGUACACUGUCUUUGUGGUCCUUUAGCAUUUUGCACGACCUGCUGCAUGGCACCUGUGUCAAGGUGGACCGCAGCACGCGGGAGAACUUGUUGUUUUGGCUUAGCUUUCCCACCAUCUUCGGUUAUCAUUUGUACCUGCAGAGGGGCCACUUGUCACAUCACAAGAACUUGGGGCGGGCAUCGAUGGGCCAACUCUUUGACUCCCAACGGCUGGAGUUUGAGGAUGGUGAUGUGCUCUUCGUGGCACAUCGACAGCCCUUGCAGGGACAAACCUUUGAGGUUCAACUUCCAGGUAACUUGGGCACUUUCUCUCCGUCCAUCUCUCAUAACGUCAUGACGAGGUUUUGGGAUCGAAGCACUGAGUCCGAGACCGCCAAUGCCCGGGCUGCGAAGAACGCCGCCUGGUAUUGUUUUUCCAUGGUCUUCGAGCGCUGUGCUCUGGCCAUCAAUGACAAAGUGGUUGCCCUGUUUGGGCGCAACGCAUUUUUCCUGCAGAAGCCUGCAGCCUUUCACGACUCCUGCGCCACGUAUGCGCGGACAGCAGCUGUUCUACACCUCUUCCUCUGGUUCUUCGCAGGGCCUGGAGCUUUGCUGUACCUACUGCUGGCAGAGGUUGCCUGGCAGCUUCCAGUGCAUCCGGCCUGCGCCAUGUUCGUGUCGAAUCAUGGCAGCGGCAAACGUCUGGACGGCUCCUGUGCCCCGAGUGCUUCACUCUACGUGGGCGAGUCCUGGGGAUGGUUUGACUGGGUUUGCCUCUUUUCCAACUACCAUUUGGAACAUCAUGACUUUCCAGAUAUUCCACUGCUGAAGCUCCCGGAGCUCAGUCGCAUCGCGCCCGAAUUCUAUGGACGUGAGGCGAUGGACGCAAGGUUGCCACCUCCCUCCCUGGGCGUUGCUCCCUGCGCCACCGACUGGGCACAGACGGUGCAACGCAGCUUUGCGGAGCCGGAGCCGUACGCUUGUUCUGUGGUGAAUGGCGUGGACAAUGAGCAUCGCCAUGCUCACACUGUGCUUCUGCGAAACGACGGCCAGGCCGUUGCGUGUGGACAAAAUGAUGAAGGACAGUGCAAUAUUCCAGCUUUGCCUGAUGAAAAAACAUACAUCCAGGUGUCUGCAGGCGCAAAUUACACGGUGCUCCUCCGAAGUGAUGGCUGCGUUCUUCCUUGCGGAACCGACUAUGAUGGACGGUGCCAAAUUCCAGUACCAGAGCCUGGAAUUCGUUAUAUUGGCAAUCUCAUGCCGCGUGGCACAGACCUGGUUUUGCAACUCAACUUUGUUUGUGAGGAUGAUGAAAUCAUAGUGACAUGCUCGAGUUUGGCCGCACAAGAAGUGUUACGCUUAAAUGCAAGUGCGUCGGAUUUGGCCUGGAAUACUCACCAAAGGAUUGCACGGGAAUUGAAGGUCAACCUUCAGAAUCUUCGACUCAUCUUGCCUGAGGGUGAUCUCUUAGCACCAAUAUGCCGUGAAAAUCCGGUGGCCACUAAGCUCCGCCCCAUGCAGGCGCGUGCCUGGUUCAGCGCCUACCCACGACCAAAGGGGACUGGUGGCACAGCUACCGCUGGUGGUGCCACGGCGAGUGGAGGCCCCGGUGGCUCACUCAGGUCGCUCAGCGGUGUGGAUGACACUGUCUCCCCACGGACGCUCUGCGACAUCUCGCAGGAGUUUGCUUUCGUUGAGUGGGGGGUGAACUUCCGCGCAGAGAAGCAAGGGCGAGAGCCCCGCUAUGCAUCACUGCAAUGGUUGCGAAUGUUGCAGGAGGAGAUCGACAGACGGCAACAAACGGGAAAGUUCGCCCCUAUCCAUUUUGCGGCUCAUUUGGGAGGCGAAUAUUGCGUGGAUGUGUUGAAGGGCGACGCCUCAUUGGUGCGAACCUUGUGGGAGGACUAUGGUUUCCUUCGGGUCUACCUCUGCCCCACGCGCGCCAACGGCGUGAACAGCUCGCAGCUGAAGAAGCAUUUGCCAACGCUGAAGAAUGUCAUCGUGGCUUUGCCCCAGGUGGAAUUUGUGUUGCUCGUCACGAAGGAGACAAGGGCUUUAACCUUCAACUUGAUGAACGAGGUGCAGCCCAACCUCGCCUUCUUCUAUUUUUCAGAGGAGACGACCAGUGUCGUUACGCAAGCGUUGCCUCCCACGCAACGGUCCUCGGGACCAUGCUGCAGCUGGUGCCUUCCAGGGCUCCUGGCCGUUCCCCUGUGCCGAGCCUGGCAACGCUACGGGGCCAACCGAGCUCGGUCCGGUCGGUCCCGGUGUCAUGCGGUAAAGGUGAAAGAGCCAGUGAAAGAUGUGAAGGAAUUGGCUACAGCCCUUGACGAAAGUCCCAGUGACCCUAUGGCCAGUGCCCCAAGCUCCAGCCCAACCUCGGGCGUGUGGGGCUUUGGAAAUCCCAACUUCGUGAGUCGAGCGAAGCCCGCUCCCUGGCCGCCCUUGCCAUAUGCCAUUGAUUGCGAAGAAUUCCUGGACUUUCCUCCGGUGGAGCUGUUGGUGGUCGGUUGUGUGUUGAUGUCGUCCUUCAUCACAGCUGUGGCCACCUUACCAUUCCUGGCAGAGCCAGGCUUUCAAGACCUCAGAGCAUUGCUGGAUGGCUUGGAAAACACCAUUUGUGUUGUGUUUUUUGUUGAGUUUCUUCUCCGGUGGUAUUCGCGAUCUUUACGUCCAACCUACAUCUUGAAGCCGCUCGUGAUCAUUGAUAUCAUUUCCUUCUUGCCCAUCUUGAUCUCCAUAGCUGACUUCCCAAAGACUGCGCCGUUGGUUGCUGCUUUCAGACUACUGCGGGUCUUCAGAUUGCAGCGCUUUCUGGCAGACUACGAUGGUUUCCUCAUUCUGACGCAAGGGUUGGGCAUCGACAAAUCCUAUGUCACACCUGUUCUGCUGGAGGUCACGCGUGUCGUGCUUUCGAUUUUUUCCCUGCUCUACAUUGCCACUGGGGCCAUCUAUGCAGCGGAACACGAUGUGAAUCCACAAUUUCCAGACUUCUUCACAGCCUUGUACUUCGGGCUCACGACCCUGACGACCGUGGGUUUCGGCGAUAUCACGCCCAUCACAUGGGAAGGGCGUUUCGUAGUGGCAGCUUCCAUCCUGGCUGGGGUGGCAGUCUUCCCCUACCAGCUCAGCAAGUUGGCUGAGGUCUUCCUGAAGCAACGUGACAAACCGCAGGUGCAGGAAGUGCAACAUCGCAUUUGUCCCAACUGCCAAGCCAGUCCCCACCGCAGUGAUGCCACCUUCUGUUGGCGCUGUGGCUCUGUGAUGUCGGCCAGGGACUAA